AUGGAUUCUCCAAACAGCACUUUUGGCAACACAUCACACGUCCAAGCUGCUCCUCACAGCCUUUGGGAGGUUAUAACCAUCGCUGCAGUGUCGGCCAUUGUCAGCUUGAUAACUAUAGUUGGUAACGUGCUGGUGAUGCUGUCUUUCAAAGUAAACAGCCAGCUGAAGACCGUAAACAACUACUAUCUGCUGAGUUUGGCGUUCGCUGACCUCAUCAUAGGAGUGCUCUCCAUGAACUUGUACACCACAUAUAUACUGAUGGGUUACUGGUCCUUGGGGAACCUAGCAUGCGAUCUCUGGCUUGCAGUGGAUUACGUAGCCAGCAAUGCCUCAGUUAUGAACUUACUUGUCAUCAGCUUUGACAGGUACUUCUCCAUCACAAGGCCGCUGACUUACAGGGCAAAGAGGACUCCAAAGAGAGCUGCCAUCAUGAUAGGCCUUGCAUGGCUGGUGUCUUUUGUCCUCUGGGCGCCACCCAUUCUGUGCUGGCAGUACUUUGUAGGAGAGAGAAAAGUGCCUCUGGACCAGUGCCAGAUCCAGUUUUUAACUGAGCCUGUGAUCACAUUUGGGACAGCCAUUGCUGCUUUCUACAUCCCAGUCUCUGUUAUGACUAUCCUGUACUGUAGGAUCUACAAGGAGACACAGAAACGGACCAAAGAUCUGGCAGAGCUUCAAGGGCUUGCAACAGAAAAUGUUCCAGAGGGGACUAAACCACAGAAAACUAUUAUUCACUCUUGCUUUCAUUUCACCAGAGAGAGGAGAGACCGGAGUCAGGCCUCCUGGUCCUCAUCUAACCAAAGUAACGCCACAAAGACCACCACUAGGUCAGACGAGGCCUGGGUGAAAACAGACCAGAUCACUUCCUUUAACAGCUACACCUCAUCCGAGGAGGAGGAGCACCAUGUUUCAAUAGAAACCCCAGAGGGAUCUUUCAAAGAGCAAGGUAGUGGGCAAAGUAAUAAGAAUGGUCAGGUGAGUGAUUACACAGAAGAUCGGUAUUUUUCCACUCCUCAAAAAAAGCCCAGUAAAAAGUGCAUCUCUUAUAAGUUCAAACCUGGCUCAAAGGGUAAAAAUGGAAAUCCUCCACCUGCAGCGCCCUGCCCGUCAGAGGCAGAGCAGCCUGCCAAAAAUGCCUCCCCCUCCUCCUCCUCCACCACCUCCAAGCCCAUGGACCCUGCCCUGAAGAACCAGAUCACCAAGAGGAAGAGGAUGGUGCUGGUGAAGGAGAAGAAGGCAGCCCAGACUCUCAGUGCAAUCCUCCUGGCCUUCAUCCUCACAUGGACGCCAUACAACAUCAUGGUGCUCAUCUCCACUUUCUGCACCGAGUGCAUCCCUACGUCCCUCUGGCAUCUGGGCUACUGGCUGUGCUACGUCAACAGCACCAUCAACCCCAUGUGCUACGCCCUCUGCAACAAGACCUUCCAGAAGACCUUCCGCAUGCUUCUGCUCUGCCAGUGGAGGAGGAGGAGGAGAGGCGAGGACAAGCUGUACUGGUGUGGACAAAACCCAAACGUCAACAAUAAAAUGACUUGA